AUGACGGUGCCAAAGGGAACAGAGCUGGAGCAGGUUGAGCUUGGCUCACUGCCUGGCAAGGUCUCUCUGGACAUUGUUCCCGGCGCAAGUGAAGCAGAGGCAAACUUGUUUCGCAAAUUCGCCAGCAAAGACCCGGAAUGGAUUGCUGCCCAAGACAAGAGGCUAGUUCAAAAGAUAGACACGCGCAUGCUCCCCAUUUUGAUUGUCAUGUACUUGCUCAACUUCCUCGAUCGAUCCAACCUCGCGCAGGCCCGACAGGGCACUCUGGAAAAAGACCUAGAGAUGCAAGGAACCGAUUUCAAUCUGGCCACGUCCAUUUUUUUCGUUGGCUAUCUGCUGAUGCAGCUGCCGUCCAAUAUCAUCAUAACUCGCGUUCGCCCUUCCAUCUAUUUGGCCUCUGCCGUUGCUCUUUGGGGCGUCGUGUCUACUUGCAACGCCGCCGCUCACAACUUUGCCCACCUUGUCGUCAUUCGUUUCUUUCUGGGUUUCGUCGAGGCACCCUUCUUCCCUGGCGCCGUCUUUCUCAUGUCGUCAUGGUAUACCCGCGCCGAACUGACUCGCAGAGUGGCCUGGCUAUACACUGGCAAUUCACUUGCCAAUAUGUUUGGGGGGCUCAUUGCAUACGGCGUUCUGAAGGACUUGAGCGGUGCGCAUGGGAUUGCCGGGUGGAGGUGGCUUUUUAUUGUCGAAGGAGUGGUUACCAUUGGCUUUGGUAUUCUGUCCGCGUUUGUCCUGCCAGACUAUCCUCAAACAACCCGCUGGCUGAGCGAUGAAGAACGAGCCUUUGCAUGCUGGCGCCUCUUGGCCGACAUCAACGAGAUGGACGACGGCAAAUCCACGACGGUCUGGCAAGGCUUGAAGCUGGCGCUGAAAGACUACCGGCUUUAUCUUUUUAUUCUUUUGGCACACAUGAGUCUGUUGUCGCAGACGUUUCAGUAUUUCUUCCCUAGUAUCGUGCAAACCUUGGGAUACGACCCUCUGAUUACGCUAUUGCUCACGGUUCCAGCCUGGUUUGCGACAUUCCUAGUGUCCAUCUCGGUCAAUUGGACCGCAGCCAAGACCAAGGACAAGUCCAUUCACAUCUUUUGUCUCAUGACCAUUGCCACGGCCGGAAACGCCAUCGCCACCGGCGCAACAGCUCCUGGGGCCCGGUUCUUCGCCAUGUUUCUGAUGCCAAUGGGCUCCACGGCAGCGUACACCAUCCUUGUUGGCUGGGUUGCCAACUCUUUCCCGCGGCCGCUGGUGAAGCGGUCUGCGGCCAUUGCCAUUGUCAACAUGAUUGGCAACACGGCCAGUAUUUACGGGAGCUACAUGUAUGACAAGAACCAGGGCCCGCAGUACAUUCCGGGCGGAAGCUCCAAUGCAGUCAUAAGCUUCUCGGUCGGUGUGCUGGCAUUGAUCUUGCGCCAUCUCCACAAGUGGGAGAAUAGGAAGCUCGAAAAGGCGGAGGACGAGGCGGCGGCAAACGGGACUUCUACAGGGCGAGGUCCAGUGGGUUUCAGCGGCAAUGCGCGCAACCAUGAAGCGCAGGCAGCCAUCGUCGACUACAAGCCCUCAGGCGGCCAGGCAGGCUCCAGGCCGUCGUCUUGCAACGCUCCUGACCAGCCGUUUCCGGAUGGUGUAGAAGCUCUGCAUGACUGCCACGAUGCACUUGUCGACAUCUGCUUCGUUCACGGGUUGACGGGCAAUCGGAACAGCACCUGGACUGAUCGCCAGCUCGCUCCUUGGCCACAGACGCUUCUGCCGCUGAAACUCGGCAAAGCUCGCAUCAUUACUUACGGGUGCGACGCGUAUCUACAGAGCCUUGUCCGACGCCUCUUCUCGGCCGCUGCUCCUCGUCGCCCACAGCCUCGGGGGGCUCAUCUGCAAGGAAGCCAUUCUGCUCUCCCGAAACAACCCCGAGGAGCAUCUCAACGACGUGUUCCAUUGCACAAGGGGCAUUGCAUUUAUGGGAACUCCGCACCGGGGAUCUUGGAUGGCCGGCUGGGCCAAGAUACCGGCUUGGACUCUUGGGGCUGUCAAGUCUACCAACAGGUCCCUGCUAAGGUCUUGGAGACAGAAGACAGCCACCUGCAGUCUGUUCAAGAGAGCUUCUGGUCCAUGAUACGAGAGCAGAAGAAGAAGGGCCGUGAUCUCAAAGUCACCUGCUUCUAUGAAGAACUUCCCAUGCCGGUGGUCGGUAAAGUCGUCCCCAAGAACUCGGCCACCCUUGAAGGGUACAAUGCAAUUAGCAUUCACGCCAACCAUAGCGACAUGGUAAAGUUCAGCUCCGCAGACGACAACGGAUACAAGAGGGUGCUUGGCGAGCUGGAUAGAUGGUAUAAAUGGAUCAGGGACCCGGCCACCCGCCGAGCACCACGGUCGAUGAAUGAAGGCCGCAUCAGGGAGCCCCCCAACCUAUCAUUUCGCAACAGCGGGACCGGGGACAUGUCAACGCGCCUGGGGGCACGCUGA